UAUAGGAUCCUCGGCCGGUGCUCUAAGUCAUGGUUCAUUUAUCUGCAGUCCGGAUCCAGAGGAGGUAGAAGAUGGCGCUCUUACCGUCCCCGUGGGUAAACUGAUAUCCGACUCCGGAAAUUUAUACUCUCUCCGAUCCGAAUCUUCAUUGGUUCCGAUGAUGAUGGAUGAUGGCCUUGAUGAACUGGAAAGUGACGAGGAACCAUUGCCACAUGAUCGCGUUGCUUUAGAGUUACCAAAGGAGAAUAAACCUAGUGCAAUGCGACCUCAGACCCCAAUAGAAGACACGUUGAAUGAGGAGGCGAUUGUGAAUCAGUGUGAAUCGGAAACAAAUCUUGUAAAUAGUCGAAAAUCCAGUAUGGAUGAGAUUGAUCAAGUUUGUCUGUCUACGAGUCAAACCAUGCUCCGGUUGCGCCGUCAUGCGGAUCGUGUGCUUGAGGCCACUGAGGCGGCAGAGAAACGUCUACGGGAGCGCCUAAACUGGCUUUCAGAUAAGGUUUCUGGCCAGACCAACGAGUAUUCGAAAGCUGAACGUGAGAAACAUUCUACCGAGGUUGCCCCGGAACCCCGCACAAGGUCUACAUGCAAACACAAUGAUAGCAGUUUGCUACCGUGUAAUCCACCGCAUGAUUCUACCAAUAUGCAACCCAGUGUCCGGUCCCCGAUCCCAAAGGAUGAAGCCGUAUUGGAGGGGUUGCCCAAUUCACCUUCAUGGACGUCUGGUUCUGAGGAACCCAUGCUGAGUAUUCCCAAGUCUCGUUCUGUACCGCCCGAUUUACCCCCACUCAUGUUUGGGGUGUCCAGUGGAGAUGAGGAGAACCAGUCUACCAGUUCGAAUCGGGAAAACUCUAAGAGAAGGACUCCGGUGGCCGCUAUUGGUCAGUGUUUUUGUGGUGUUACUCAUCGAACUGCAUCUCCACCGUUCACGGAGCCCACAAUACUUUCUGCAAUGACUACUGUGACACCACUUGCCCAUACACCUGGCCGUAUCCGUGGUAGUAUUGGUGAGCCAGAAUGGGACAGCAAGCGAAGCAGUUUGGUCGAAGAUCCCCAAGAUAUUCUUGCCGAAGAAGAGUCUUAUACUUCGGACACAAAUGACAGCCCUCGUGGUGUAUCGGAUGUUUGUCUCAGACAAUUACCUGUCGCCAGUCCCACGAUGGAACGAUCUCAUACCGGAGGUUCAACUCCGAGCAGCACUGAAAAGUUCUCUCGUCAAUGUGAUAGAUCAUCACUGGAGUCAGAGCCUCCCUCGGCACCCUCUCAAUUCACUAAUAAUCGAGUCUUAUCCGCCCAGCCGAAUCUCAAUGAAACCAGUCUGAUUACAAGCCAACUGAGGUAUAUGCUAUUGAAACACCGUCUGAAAUUGGCACGCGCCAAGGAUGCGUAUUUACUUCGCCGACGAGUGGUGGAACAAUUAGAGAUGCUACUACAUAGAGUGAAUCGCGAACAAAAGAAGACCAUUCAACAACCAGUGCCAGCUGAGUGGGACACAGACACUUCUUCGCUGGUGACGGAUAUAAUCGAUGAGUCGGUUUUGUCUGGUGUUCACAGUCGAAACACUGCUUUUCGGCCACACGGAACUACUACUCUAUUAUCUAUGGGGCGUAAAAUUCCAGCUGAUUUAGAGGUGAAAAAGCCUGUGAAUACCGGUUGUCAUUCCGUGCCGAGGGAAAAUACCGUCACCUAUCCGGACACUCGUGGUCGCUCGUCGACACGUCGUGGAAUUCCCACAAAAGCCUCACUUCCCGAUAGCGCGCUGUUGGAGCAAAGUUCUGUUCAGACAAGAUGUGAGAAGUUAGUGUCUUGUGAUUCUGAAGAAUUUCAGUCUUUGUACAAACUGCGCGAUCGGGCGGAGAAGCAACUAGCGGAAAUGAUAACCGCGAUGAAAGUAAACUUUUGUGCUCAGUCUAAUAGUCGAGAGACUCAGAACAUCAGUCCAGCGAACUCCCCCAUACCAUCUUCACGGGUCGUGGCUUGGGCUGAAGAAUACGGACGUAUGAGUAUGUCUCAUGGACAUCGUUCCCCUUGCCGCGACGUGCGAAAUGAUAGACUCCGCAUGGCUGCAGAGGCUCGAGCUUCUAAUGGUGGUGUAACUUGGUUUCAGCCCUUCAGUCCAGUUCCUGUUCUUAAUGAAGCCUCGUCAAGUAAGCAACCUCUGGUUAAAAUCAUCCGAGAGCCGUCGAAAGCGAAUUAUUCUACUCGCGGAGACACGCAUCCUAUAGACAAACUGAAAUCACUUGCGACUCACGAACUACGGAACACAUCAACGACCAUCUCCGAAAGAGUUAUGGAUGAUUUCAUUCCUGUAACAAGUUCAGUUUGCAAGCCUUCUGAUUCUGUAGUUACCAGAUGUGUUCGCGACACUCUGGUCGUAUGUGAGACUCAGAAUGCCCAUCGGCGGAGUCCAUGCGGAGAUUUGAUGAUUUCCAAGAUUGAAUCCGGAGCGAAUUGUGAACGAGUCAAGAUUCCCGUGUCUGCUGUAAAAGAAAAUAAAAGCAGCUCACCGCCCUUGGAUACGGAGGAAGAACCAACUGAAUCUUUCUUUUCCGGUGCGGUUACCACUCCAAGAGGUAUUGCAUUUGCUUUAUCCACAGUCCCAGAGCAUCAUUCAUCUAGGACGUACCCCGUGAUGACCGACCGGUCAGCUAUAUCCGAAAUUAUUCGGUAUGAAGAGGAGGGACAACCAUUGUGCCACGAUUUACAAACCCUAUUCAAACAGCGCAUGGCACAUUGGAUUUCUCGUUCAAAAGAACGUCAGAAGCGGAUCAAAUUGGCCGCAUUUGAGCGUCGAUACAGUCGAGCCGUGCAGGCGGAACGUGUUCAGCUGUUCCGCGCAUCUCGGGACUUGUGCACUUUGCAGCAAGAUGCGCACGAAACUGCGCGCUCCGCCUUGCGCGAUGCUGUCUCUUGUUGCAGUGCUCAAUCGAGGGAACCUGUUCAGAAGACUACACCGAGAUCACGCCAAUCGUCUAUUUUCAGUGGACUUUGUUCGCCACACGUUCAUCCGAGUCCCAAACCGAUCAGUUCAAGUCAGAAAUGUGUACAACCUCAGUCACGAACGCGUGCUUCUAUCACCCGGGUCCGACCAAUGCUCCCUAGGGACCAACAGCGACGCGCUAUGGAAAACAAACUGUCGCAAUUGCGCACCAAUCGUUUGCGGAUGAAAAUCUACGGUGAGGUGAGCAGUUUAUUCGAUUACACAAUGCAAAGAUUAUAA